GGAGGAGGAGAAGGAGGAGGAAGAAGAGGGGAAGGAGAAGGAGGAGGAAGAGGAGAAGGAGGAGGAGAAGAAGAAGGAGGAGGAGGAGAAGGAGGAAGAGGAGGCUGAGAAGACAGAGAGCAGCAGGACGCACCAGGAGGACGAGGUAGAAACCCAGGAGACGGCAGCAGAAGACAGCAGGGAGGAAGAGGAGGAGGAGGAGAAGGAGGAAGAGGAGGAAGAGGAGAAGGAGGAGGAGCUGCAGGGAGCCUGGCGGCCGGAGGCCCCCUCCGACCUGAAGCCCCCCCGACCCGACCCGGCCUUCAACAGGAGGUGCAGCCUCCUCCUCAGUGACGUGAAGUAUAAGGAGGACUUUGAGAAGAUGAAGGGUCAGAGUCUGUUUGUUCCUGCAGCCGAACUCAUCCACUCCAAGAACAUCAGCGCCGUGAUAUCUGAGUCCAAGUACAAAGAGGAGGGGAAGAAGGAGGCGUCCGUGUCGCUGUACUCGGUCCUGCCGGAGACUCCAGAGACCCGACAUGCCAGAGAGGCCUCAGACCUGCAGAGCGAGGUGAAGUACCGAGGCACCGUGAGGGCGGACGGCUCCUCCUCGCUCUUCUCUCUGCUGCCGCACACCACCGAGACGCAGUUCGUCAAAGAGCUGACGGAGAUGCUGAGUGAGAACAAGUACAAGGAGGAAGGAAAGAAGGAGAUGAGCAGCAGCUUCUACUCUCAGCUCCCCGAAACCAGCGAGACGCAGCACGCCAGAUCCGUCCAGGAGCUUCAGAGCCAGAAUAAGUACCAGGAGGCCGGGAGGAGGAAGGCCUCCAUCUCUCUCUACUCUCAGCUGGCUGACACUCCGGAGGUCCACCACGCUGUGGAGAUGUCUCAGCUGCACAGCGAGGUGAAGUACCGGCCCAAGGUGCUGGUGAGAGGAGCCCCCCCGUCUCUCUACUCUCAGCUGGCCGACACCUCGGAGAUCCAGUUCGCCCGAGAGACGAGCGAGAUGCAGAGUGAGACGAGGUACAGGCGGAGGAAGGAGGACGCGUCCUCGCUGUACUCCACCCUGCCGGAGACGCGGGACACGCUGCACGCCAGAGAGGCCUCGGAGCUCCAGAGUCAGCUGAAGUACAAAGAGGCCGCGAGGAAAAGUAGUCCCUCCGCUCUGUUCCACCGGCUGGCCGAGACGCCGGAGACGGCCCACGCCAAGGAGGCCUGCGAGCUCCUCAGCGAGGCGAGGUACAAAGAGGAGGGAAAGAAGGAGAUGAGCACGAACCUCUACUCGCUGCUGCCCGAGACCAUCGACACGCGGCGCGCCAGAGAGGCCUCCGAGCUGCUGAGCCACGUGAAGUAUAAAGAAGGUGUGAAGCAGCAGGUGCAGAGCAGCUUGUACCAUCAGCUCCCACAGACCACAGAGACACAGCUGGCCAAACAUCUGUCCCAGCUGCAGAGCGAGAACAAGUACAAGGAGGCGGGUCAGAAGGAGGCCAGGACGUCUCUGUACUCCCUCCUCCCUCACACCAUGGAGACGCUGCACGCCAAGGAAGCAGCAGAGCUCCUCAGCGAGGUGAAGUACAAAGGGAGCGUGAAGGAGGAGAUGGAGGACUCGCUGUACUCCUCUCUGCCCGACACCACGGACACCAGCUUCUGCAGAGAGAUGAGCGGCCUGCAGAGCGAGAACAAGUACAAGGAGGACGGGAGGCGGAGCCUCGCUCACAGUUUCUACUCCAGGCUUCCAGAAACGUCCGAGACGCGAUUCUGUAAAGCGGCGUCAGAGGUGCAGAGCGAGAUGAAGUACAGAGAAGCAGGAAGGAAAGCUGCCGCCGGCUCCUUGUACUCGACUCUACCGGAGACUCUGGACACGCUGCACGCCAAAGAGGCCUCACAUCUGCAGAGUCAGCUGCAGUACAAGCAGAGCCUGAAGGCCGCCGCCUUCCACCUGAUGCCGGAGACCAACGACACCCUCGCCGCCCGGCGGCAGACGGAGCAGCGCAGCGAGGCCCAGUACAAAGAGGAGGGCAAGAAGGAGAUGAGCGUGGCCCUGUACUCCCUGCUGCCCGACACCGUCGAUACCCAGCAUGCAAAGGGGCAGACGGACAUGCAGAGUGAGGUGAAAUACAAAGAGGCCAGCAGGAAGCAGGCGUCCUCGUCUCUGUACCACGGACUGGCCGAGACUCUGGAGACGCAGCACGCCAAAGAGGCCUCGCAGCUUCAGAGUCAGAUCUUGUACCGAGCGGCUGGCAGGAAGGAGAUGUCGAGUCCGGCGUACGGCCGGCUGGCCGACACCUCGGAGACGCAGCUCGCCCGAGAGCUGUCCGACAUGCAGAGCCAGAACAAGUACAAGGAGGCCGGGACGAGGAGCCUCCCUCACAGCUUCUACUCUCAGCUGGCUCAGACCGCAGAGACGCAGUUUGCUCAGAGUGUGACGGAGCUGCAGAGUGAUACCAAGUAUAAGACGUCCGGGCGGCGGGACGCCGGCGUGUGUCUCUACUCAGUGAUGCCCGAGACGCUGGAGACGCAACACGCCAGAGACGCCUCUCAGAUCCAGAGCCAGCUGAAGUACAAGGACGAGGUGGAGCAGUCGGCAUCUUUGUUCUCCACCCUUCCUCAAACCCUGCAGACGGAGCGGGCCAAGCAGGUGACGGAGCUGCAGAGCCAGGUGAAGUACAAAGCGGGAGGGAAGGAGGAGGCGUCCUCGCCGCUCUACCGCCUCCUCCCCGAGACGCCGGAGACGCACUUCGCCAAACAGAUGUCUGAGAUCCACAGCGAGACGAAGUACAAGAAGGACAAAGAGGACCUGCCCAGCGCGCUGUUCUCUCUGCUGCCGGAGACGCUGCACACGCAGUUUGUGAAGGACAUGGCGGAGACGCACAGCGAGGUGAAGUACAAGCAGGCUGGGAAGCAGCAGACGUCUCUUUACUCCAAACUUCCAGAGACUCUGGAGACCAAACACGCCAAAGAGGCCACGGAGCUCCAGAGUGAGAAGAAGUACAAAGACGAGGGGAGGAAGGAGAGGACGUCGUCUCUCUACGCUCAGCUAGUGGACACCACGGAGACACGCAGAGCCAGAGAGAUGAGUGAGAUCCAGAGUGAGAACAAGUACAAGGAGAGCGGGAAGAAGGCUUGGAGCUCCAGCGUCUUCUCCCGGCUGCCAGAGACCAGCGACACGCGGCUCUCCAAAGCGCUGUCCGAGAUACAGAGCGAGGUCCGAUAUAAAGAAGCAGGGAGGAGAGACGCCGGCGCCUCGCUGUACUCCUCGCUGCCCGAGACUCUGGAGACGCUGCACGCCAAGGAGGCCUCAGGGCUGCAGAGCCAGGUGAAGUACAGGCAGGACGGCAGGAAGGAGGCGAGCGCGCCUCUGUACCACCGGCUACCCGUAACCACGGAGACGCAGCUGGCCAAGGAGCAGAGAGACGUGUGCAGCGAGGUGAAGUACAGAGAAGAAGGGAAGAAGCAGGCGACCAAGAACUUGUACUCGCUCCUCCCGGAGACGCCCGAGACGCAGCUCGCCAAGCAGCUGUCGGAGAUCCAGAGCGAGACCAAGUACAAGAAGGACAAGGAGGACCUGCCCAGCGCGCUGUUCUCUCUGCUGCCGGAGACGCUGCACACGCAGUUUGUGAAGGACAUGGCGGAGACGCACAGCGAGGUGAAGUACAAGGAGGCCGGGAAGAAGGAGGCCAGCGUCUCUCUGUACCAGCGGCUGCCGGAGACGUUGGAGACGCGGCGCGUCAGGGAGGUCACGGAGCUGCAGAGCGAGAACAAGUACAAGCAGAGCGGGAAGGAGUCCAUGUCGUCCAGUCUGUACGCUCAGCUUCCGCAGACCGCCGAGACGCAGCUCGCCGCCAAGAUGUCCGACCUGCAGAGCGAGAGUAAAUACAAGGAGGACGGAGUCAGGAGCCUCUCUCAGAGUCUCUACUCGCACCUCCCACAAACCUCCGAGACUCAGUUCGCCAAAACCGUCUCCGAGCUGCAGAGUGAGGCCAAGUACAAGGAGGCGAGCAGGAAGGAGGCGAGCGGCUGUCUGUACCACCAGCUCCCUGUAACCAUGGAGACGCAGCACGCCAAAGAGGCGACCGAGCUGCAGAGUCAGGUGAGGUACACAGAGGGCGGCAGGAAGGAUCGGAGCACCAGCCUGUACUCCGCUCUGCCUCAGACUCAAGAGAUGAAGGUAGCCAAGGCUGCCAUGGAGCUCCAGAGUCAGAAUAAGUACAAGCAGAAAGGCAGACAGGAGAUCAGCAGCAGCGUUUUCCACCAAAUGGCAGAAACCAAAGAGACGCAGUUCCUGAAGCAGAUCUCAGAGCUGCAGAGCGAGACCAAGUACAAGAAGGACAAAGAGGACCUGCCCAGCGCGCUGUUCUCUCUGCUGCCGGAGACGCUGCACACGCAGUUUGUGAAGGACAUGGCGGAGACGCACAGCGAGACUAAAUACAAGGAGGCGAGUAAGAAGGAGCUGGUGAACAGUCUGUACUCCCUCCUGCCGGAGACCAAGGACACGCAACACGCCAAGGAGCAGAGCCAGCUGCACAGCGAGAAGGCGUACCGGGAGGACGGGAGGAAGGAGGCCGGCUGCAGUCUUUACGCCACGAUGCCAGAAACCAUCGACACAGUGUUCACCAGAGAGCUCACCAAGACCCAGAGCGACAAGUCCUAUAAGGAGCAGUAUAACCGUGAGAAGGGGAAGUCGAGUUACUCCUCCAUGGGAGUGCUGCCGGAGGUGGAGCACGCCAUGGAGGUCACCAGGAAGCAGAGUGAAGUCAGCUACAGGAGGGGCCGCGAGGAGCUCCGCCUCUACAGCUCGGGGGCCGACCGGCCCGACAUCCUCCACGCCGCCAACGCCGCCAAGCUGGCCAGCGACGUGUCCUAUAAGUCCAACCCUCAGCCCGUUCACCCUGACGUGUCUCUGUUGGACAGAACCGACAUCCAGCACCUGAAGGAGGCUUCAAAGUUGGCCAGCCAGGUGAAGUACAAGGAGAGCUUCGACAGGGACGUGAAGGGCCAGAGGCCCAGGUACAACCCGCUGGACUGUCUCUCCUUCAGGCACUCACAGGCGGCUGCUGGCCUGGCCAGCCAGGUGAAGUACAGGACCAACCAGAAAUCAGAAGGCUCCUCCGACCUGCCCAACCUCCUGCAGCUGGAGCACGCGCUGCACGCCAGCAAGCUGCAGAGCAACGUGGAGUACAAGAAGAAGCACAAAGAAGAGAAGGCCCGGGUCCACGCGGCGGUGGAGACGGCCGAGCAGCUCCACCACAAAGAGAACGCCGUGCUGCACAGCCAGGUGAGGUACCGAGAGGAGUACGAGAGGAGCAGAGGUCGUUGUCAGAUGGAGUUCGGAGACACUCCGAUGUACAGAGUGUCAAAGGAAGCUCAGAGGAAUCAGAGCGAGAGGGAGUACCGCAGGGACUAUGAGGAGCAGAUCAAAGGUAAAGCCUUGAUGGACGUGGACCUGACGCCUGGAUACCUGACAGCCUGCCACGCUAGCAGCCUGCUGAGCGAGAAGGCGUACAGGAAGGACCUGGAGCAGGAAGUGAAGGGGCGGGGCUUAUCCGGCGUCGGGCUGGAGGAAACACCUGAGCUGCUGAGGGUCAAAAGAGCCUCUGAGAUCCAGAGCCAGAGGUCCUACAGGCAGACGGACCAGCUCAGAGAGAACUGCUACUCGAUGGUUACAGACACUCCGGAGCUGCUGCACGCCUCCUACCUCAAAGACGUCUACAGCCAGAAGAAGUACAGGGAGGAGGCGGAGCGUCUGAAGGGACGCUACAGCCUGAUUCCAGAGACGGCGGCGGAGACGCAGCGAGUCAAAGCCAACCAGAGACACGUGAGUUCUGUGAGGCUCCUGUUGGUCUGUUGUGUAUCUUCAGCACGUGGAAUCCUUACUGUCGCCCCCCAGCUGCACUACUCCUGGGACUCGAAGCUGAUGAGAGGCCUCAUGUCCUCCGUCACGGAGACGCCGGAGCUCGUCCUCGCCAGGGAGAACGCCAAGAGGAUCAGUGACGUCUCCUACAGGGAGGAAGUGGGCCGAGGCACCGCCGUCACCAACACGCCGGAGAUGGAGCGCGUCCGACGCAACCAGGACAACAUCAGCUCGGUGAAGUACAAGCAGAGUUCGGUGAAGGCCUCGAGUGUGGGCGUGACUCCAGAACUGGAGCGGGUCAGACAGAACCAGGACAACAUCAGCUCGGUGAAGUACCGGCGCGGGCUGCAGCAGAUGAAGGGCCUCAGCUGCAGCGAGCUGGACACGCCCGAGUACCGCCGCGCCCGCAGGUCACAGGACUGCGUCUCCAUGGUAGCGGCCCGGUCGCCACGCCCCCCCUCGCCAUGGGAGGAGCUAACACGAGUGAUGUGGCACCGCGGGCGCAGCCGAGGCACCGCUGCCAAGUACCACGAGGACUUUGAGCGGGCGCGCGGCCGAGGCGGCGCGCCGGGAUUGGAUGAGCCCGGAAUGGAGCGCUACCAGAGAGCCAAUCAGAUGAUGGGGGAGGCGGGAUACGGCAGGGGGCUCCACCCACAGGCGAUGGAGACGGACAGACGACCGGGAGGCAUCAUCGUAGACCUGAAGGUGUGGAGGACGGACCCGGGCUCCAUCUUUGACUUUGACCCUCUGGAGGACGACAUCCAGUCCAAGAGCCUCCACAGGAUGUCUGCUCCCGUCCUCCCCGGAGCGUACCAACAGGCCGUCCACAUGCAGCAGCAUCACCAUGGUUACAUGCACCAGACCAGCAUGUCCUCCGUCAGGUCCGUCACCUCCCCCCCGCACGCCGCCGCCAUGCGCGUGUACCGGGCGCUCUACGACUACGCCGCCCAGGACCACGACGAGGUCUCCUUCAGGGACGGCGACGUCAUCGUCAACGCGCAGCCCAUCGACGAGGGCUGGAUGUACGGCACCGUGCAGCGCACCGGCAAGGCCGGCAUGCUGCCCGCCAACUACGUGGAGUCCUGCAACUAGUGAAUCGGGCGUGUCAGUGAGAAGGGGAAAUGUGAGAGGUAAAUGACCACCAGACUCCAGCAAAUAACAGCAAGAAAUCCCCCGAAAAUAACAUUGUUUUUGCACUAAAAGUCCCAAAUGAAAUGAGAAAGUACUCAAAGAUUCAAAUGAUACCUUUUGUUAAUGGAGACACGUUACGGGAAACGAGCUGGAUGGACAGAGGAAGGUUUGAGGCAUUAGAAGCUUCUGGAACUAUAUAUUAUUGACGUAUUCUUCAGGUUCAGGUCGGAUUCUAGGGCCAAAACGUAAGGAAACGAUAAGGGACUGUUGGUCCAAACACUCAACAGAGCACCGAGCGUAGAUUCAUUCGCCACUGAAAAUAGUCCCUGACAAAGUUGUCGACCCAUUAGUUGAUGGAUGACAAGAAUAAAUAUAUUUGUGAUUUUUAAUAUUUGCGUCUCCAGGAGGAACCAUCAGGCUUUGAGCGCAGACAGGAAGUCGGACCGCAUUAAGGGACGGACCGUUUGGUUUCCAUGUCUUUUUAGUUUGAGUCUUUUAAGGAUGAGGAGCAGAGGAAGAGCGAAUAACGCAACCAAAGGGAGGAGUAAACAACAACAACCCUGUGUGGAUCCUGAUUGGUUAGAUGUGAAGGACUUCACCGCCUCUCUUCUUUUUACUGACUAUUUAACUCACAGUUUUAGGUCGCAGGGUUCUGUACGUCACAGUCCUGAUGUGUCAGGAUAUAUUCGACCUGUUUGUGUCCGUGAGUCGUGUUUUUUAGGGUUUGUUUUCUUGCUGUGUUUGUUGCAUCUGACUAAAAAAACGUCACAAUCUGUCAUUCUAGCUGGAGAGCAUUUUUAAUUCCAUAGAUGAAUUAGAAUAUGAUUUACUGAGUAUUCAUAUGUUAACCGUGUUGAUCUUGUUUGUUUUUGGCUUUUUUGUUAAUUUUUUUGAUUUAGUAUGUUACACAUUACUAAGUUUAUUUACGUAUUAUUUGAAGUAAUCCAUCACUCAUUUUCAGUUGUGUUUCCUUUGCCUUGUGAUGACUACAGAGUGUGUGUGUAAUAGGAAUAAAAAACAGAUCACUAGAACAAGUAAA